GGGUGCGGCCUUCCUCUUCUGGCCCCGCCCCUCGCCGGGCUCGCACGCGCCGCGGCGCCCCGGGGCCUGCUUUCCCCGCUGCUAAUUGAGGCGUGGGUGGCGCGGCCGCCCCGGGGCAGCCUGGCACGAGGGGGCUGACUCAGGCGCACCUGUCACAGCGCACCGGGCGGGGCUGCAUCUCCGGUAACGGGGCAGCCAGUGCGAUGCACGCCGCUCACCCAUGCACUCGGGAGCUGAGGCCGGAGGAGCACUGCAAGUUCCAGGCCGGCCUCUCACAAACAAGGCAGCUCUCUCACAAACAAGAGCUGGGGUUCCGGGGGAGAGUGUUGUCCGGCGUGCUUGAGACCCAGCUUCACCCGAGAUGGAGGCAGGACACGGGUUCCCUCAGCUAGAAGCACCGUAGGGAAUCUGCGCCCAUCCUGGACUGCAUGAGAUCCUGUCUCAGAAAACAAAAUACCCAGAGGGACGCAGACCGCCCAUCUGAGCGCGUGGUCUGAAAAGUGACCCUAGGUGUGGUCGCUCAUCACAGGCCGGGCCUGCAUGGCAAGCAGGUGUUGGUCUCAGCUUGUGCGUCUCGACUCCUCUGGGGGUCGAUGGACUCUUGCAUGGGGGUCCCAUAUCAGAUUUUUACCAUUGGUAACAGUAGCAAAACUACUGUUGUGAAGUAUCAACAAAAUACUUUAUGGUUGGGCGCCACCACACCCUGUGUUAAAGGGUCGCAGGAUUAGGAAGGUUGAGAGCCGCUGGCUUAGAGGGAGGCCUGUCUGAAGGGAGGGGUCAUAGUGACAGACCCUGCCCCUCAGGGAAACGUGGGAGCUUUCCAGGAGAGCAGGUGUGUGCAGACUGUGCUCGCAUCCCUGUAGUCAGGCUGAUGCGAGCUGUUUGGAGUGACAUCCAGCUUUUCCUUGUGGGAGACUGCUGCCCCAGAUCCAGUGCUGAGUGGGUAAGGUGCUGAGAACCUGAGACGCCCAUCAAAGCUGGGCUUGGCCUGUAAGCCCAGCUCUGGAGAGGCACAGGCCAGUCAGCCUCACCAGGUGAAGAUUCUGUCCCCAACAUAAGAUGCAGAAGAUGCGGAUGACCCAGGGUGGACCUCUGACCUUCACGUGUGCACACACGAAAUCCCCAAAGUUCAGGAUCCUAGCAGGAAAGCAGGGAGUCUCGAGCAGAUGGCCAGCCAGGCCUCCAGUCAGUCAAGGCUGAGGCCUACCCGAGUCCCUUGGCUCUGCCUGCCCAGGAUCCAAGCUGCGGGAGCCAGAGCAGGCGGGCAGCAGGGCACUGGAGCUGAGCUCUGUCUCCUGCCUGCAGGUGUCCGCUCCUGGGAGGAUGUGGACCCCACCGUCUGCAGCCUGGAUGAGCAGCUCAAGGCCUUUGUGUCCCGGCACUCGGCCACAUUCUCCAGCAUUGUGAAAGGCCAGCGGAGCCUGCACCACCGUGGAGAGACCCUGGAGACGCUGGUCCUGCUGAACCCUUCAGACAAGUCCCUGUGCGAUGAGCUCCGGAACCUCCUGAUGGACCCCGCCCCUCACAAGCUGCUGGUGCUGGCCGGCCCCUGCCUGGAGGAGACCGGGGAGCUGCUGCUGCAGUCCGGGGGGUUCUCCGCGCAGCACUUCCUGCAGGUGCUGGAGGACAAAGAGGUCCAGGACGCGCUGGCCUCGGCGCCCACGGCCCCCCCGGCCCUCACCGUGUCCUGCCCGACUUUCGGGGACUGGGCGCAGUUGGGCCCCUUGCCCGGGCUGCAGCUGCGACUGAACCCCCCCGCGCGGCUGCCGCCCUCCGAGGGUCUGCGGGCCUUUCUGGAGUACGUGGCCGAGUCGCUGGAGCCGCCCUCGCCCUUCGAGCUGCUGGAGCCGCCGGCCGCGGGGGGCUUCCUGCGCCUGGCGCGGCCCUGCUGCUACGUGUUCCCGGGCGGCCUGGGCGACGCCGCCUUCUUCGCGGUCAACGGCUUCACCGUGCUGGUCAACGGCGGCUCCAACCCCAAGUCGACCUUCUGGAAGCUGGUGCGGCACCUGGACCGCGUGGACGCCGUGCUGGUGACCCACGCGGGGGCCGACAGCCUGCCUGGCCUCAAUAGCCUGCUGCGCCGCAAAUUGGCGGAGCGAGAGGCGGCCGCGGGGCCGCAGGGAGAGCGCGAGGAGAGGCUGCGGCGGCUGCUGUCGCCCGCCCUGGGCGUCGUGUUCCUGAACGCACGCGAAGCGGCGUCCCGGCUGCGCGGCGGCGAGGACGAGGCGGUGUGCGCCCGGGGCCUGCUGCGGAGCCUGGGCAUCGCGCCGCUGCCCCUGCAGCGAGGCUCGCAGCCCACACAGCCCACCGUCCUGUUUGAGAAGCUGGGGGUCGGCCGCCUGGAGCUCUUCGUGCUGCACCCGCCGCCCGGGGACCCCGCCGCACCCGCCUGCGCGCUGCUGGUGUGGCAGCCUGCGGCACCCGGCGACAAAGUGGUGCGCGUGCUGUUCCCCGGCCGCACGCCGCCCGCACGCCUGCUGGACGGGCUGCAGCGCCUGCAGCACCUGCCGUGCCUGCGGCGGCCCGUGGUCACCGCGCGCGACCUGGAUGCGCCCGCCAGGGCCGACAGCCAGGACAGCCUGGCCUCCCGGGACAGCUCCCGCAAAGAGCAGGUCCGCAGCGCCGGCAGCGGCUCCACCAGCAGGAGCACCGUGCGGAGGGAGCCUGCUCCGCCCGCGCGUGACCCGAAGAAAGACCCCCGACCCGGGCCCACGCGGCCUACAGUCCGCGACACGCGCCGCUCCGGGCCCGCCGUCACCAACACGAAGCCUCGCACGGCCCAGAACGGGCCUCGAGCCCCGGGUCCGGCGGGGCCGCCUGCAGCCCCUGUGCCCAAGUGCCCAGGGGAAGCGGGGAGCAGCGUGGAGCCCGAGCGGCCACCUGCCCCCUCCCCGACCCUGUCCCCAGCGCGGUCCCCACCUCCCACCGCAACUGGCAGCAGCCCCGAGCGCCUGUCGCUCAGCCCGCUGCGCCCCGAGCCUGCCGCGGACGCCUCCCCCUCGGCCACCACGCCCACGGCCACCACGCCCACGCUGACCACGCCCUCGCUGCCCGCCGAGCUGGGCUCGCCGCACUCCACCGAGGUAGACGAGUCGCUGUCGGUGUCCUUCGAGCAGGUGCUGCCCGCCGCCGGCGACGCGGGGCUCAGCCUCCCCCUGCGCCUUGCGCGCCGCUCCACAUCCCCGCACGAUGUGGACCUGUGCCUCGUGUCGCCCUGUGAGUUCGCGCACCGCAAGCCGCCCCCUCCCGCGUCUCCAGGCAGCUCCGACAGCAGCGCCCGGUCUCAGGAGCGGCCGCCCGAGACGCCGCCCACGUCGGUGAGCGAGUCCCUGCCCACGCUGUCUGACUCUGACCCGGUGCCGGCCGCGGACUCCGACGACGAGGCGGGCAGCGAGAGUGCAGCCAGGGACCCGCCGCCCACGCCCCGUGUGCCGCCACCGCUGCCCGACGCGCCCGGCAUCUGCAUGGUGGACCCCGAAGCGCUGCCGCCCCGAGCCAGGCAGCCCCCCAACCCCGCCAAUCCUAGUCGCAGCCGCAAGGCCCCUGGGAGGCCGAGCUCUGCCUCUGCCACCCCCAGAGCCGCAUCCUUAGCUGUGAAAACCAAGGGCCCCGCAGGGGACCGGGCCCGGCCGCUCAGCGCCCGCAGUGAGCCCGCAGAGAAGCCGGGCCGCGUGCCCCUCUCCAGGAAGCCCUCGGUGCCCAAGACGGUCUCCAAAGUGGCCUCUGCCACGAGGCUCUCCUCGGGGCCUAACAGCCGCCUCGCGUCUGCUGCCGGCUCCCCUGUCUACCUGGACCUGGCUUACCUGCCGGGGGGCGGCGCAGGCCACCUGGACCAGGACUUCUUCCUGCGGGUGCGCGCACUCUGCUACGUCAUCAGUGGGCAGGGCCAGCGCCAGGAGGAGGGCCUGCGCGCCGUGUUGGAUGCCCUGCUGGCUGGCAAGCAGCGGUGGGACCUUGACCUGCAGGUCACACUGAUCCCCACCUUCGACUCCGCCGUGAUGCACAGGUGGUAUGAGGAGACGCAUGAGCAGCACCAGGCGCUGGGCAUCAGGGUGCUGGGCAGCGGCAGCAUGGUGUCCAUGCAGGACGAGGCCUUCCCCGCCUGCAAGGUGGAGUUCUAGCCCAUGCCGCAGGGCACCCUGGGGACAACAGUUCCUCGCUGUGUGCCCAGUGCUGAACGCCGGACACCGCUCCUGAGGGAGACACCGACAGACACCCCAGCUUCCAUCCCCAGCACCGCAGAUGGGAGCAAGGCUUCUGUUGUAACUUGUUUGUGCUGGUCACAGGGCUGGCACAGCGGCCCACCCCCUCCGUCCUGGCACUCAGGCUGCAGAGACGGGAGGAUCAGUGUGGGUUCCAGGCCAGCCUGGGCUACAUAGUGAAUCCUUGUCCCAAAACCUGCAGCAAAUAAAGCAGAUGGGUCAGA